AUGAGAGCAAUAACGAGGACUGGGGAGGAAUUAGAGCUGUCAGUGCUGGUCCAUGUUCUGCUGCCACUGCUGCUGCUGGCAGUUCAAAUUGCAGACGCAACCGGCGGCGACUAUGGUGGACCCGCGGACCUCCUUAUCAGCAAGAAUCGACCCAGACAGGUGAGGCGAGGGGGCCACGUCAGACCCGAGGUGCCGGAUUACCUUCUGCGUCUACGGGAGCGACAUGAGAAGGAGUGGAUGAACUUUGGCCAGGCUGGCGGUGGCAAGGGUCCCAACCUUGGAAUUAUCACCUCAAUUCGACAUCACUGGCACGUAGGUAAGGCUGGUCGAUUUGAACUACUCAUUGAUCAAGAACUUGUGGACUUUAAGCCUCCAUCAUCUAAUUCCCUGCUGGUGUCACUUUGGAUUACGCUAUAUGGCCACCUCAACACUGGAAAUGAGGGAAGUUGGACGUCUAACCGAACGCGAAAAUGGCAAAAGCGACAUGGCCUUAACUUCAGGCUGGCGCGGUUUCCAGACAAAGAACAGCUGGUUGCCGGCAGUGUGCGAAUUCCGGUGCGUCGACGGAACGCCUCAAUUCCAGUGACCGUCAGCGUGGUCGGUGUCGGCGAAUCAACACGUGGCGAGGUGUUUGUGGAGUCGGGGGAGGGUGACAGGGGUUGGUUGAAUGUCCCUCUUCCCGCGGGCUCCCUUCACUGGUUGCUGAGGCGGAGGCGGUUCCUUCGGCUACAAGUGGACUUAGCUGACACGGGCUUGAUCGAUCCCAGCUCCACACCGCAUAUUCUGACUUUCCAUCGAGACCGUCAGCGGACCAAGCGGUUGCUAAGGCAACAGCGUGACGUCGCAGACACGCAACAGCCCAAUAGUGCUCGUCCACAUAGCAUGAUAGUCGAGGUGAGAUGUGCCGAUGAAACGAAUGUCCAUACCAAAACAACCAAACCAACAAACGCAGCCACAAAACAGCGCAAAGAGAGACGCGCACGCCGCAAAGGCCGAGGUGCUGCGUACUUUCGGGAGAAACACAACUCCCAAUACCUCAUGAACCAGCGCUACAUCGCCUCCACAUGCCAGAGACGCGACCUGAUGGUUAACUUCGACGCAGUUGGCUGGUCGCGGUGGGUGAUCGCACCAAUGGCCUACGACGCCGGCUACUGCUACGGCCACUGUCCCUUCCCCCUGUCCUCCCACUUCAACACCACCAACCACGCGAUCAUAAUUCACCUCAUGUACAACCUGCAAGUCGCGCCAUCACACAUUCCACCGCCCUGUUGCACACCACUCACCUUCAGCCCUCAAUCGCUAUUGUUCUUUGAAGGCGACGAAGUGGUCCUGCAGGUGUAUGAGAACAUGGUCGUGGAGACGUGCGGUUGCCGGUGA